AUGAGUAACAGGCUUUGGGUGUGUUUUAUUCAAGAUGAUGUGGAACGGUUCCAACGGUUCCUGGCGAACGUGACGUUCGCCGGACCGCGAACUGCAGGCGGCCUCGGAGGCACCUCCAGUGCUGCAACAAAUCUGUCCUCGAAGGCUGCAAGUCCCGGGUCCAUGAUCGCCUCAUCUCCAAAUCCACCGAGAAACAAAAAGAAUCUUGGAUCGUCGCCUGGAACGCCUGUAUCUGACCGGACCGCCUUCCCGCGCGGGACUGUGACUCUGUCGCGCGCCGAUGUCAAUGCUCGGGAUAAUUACGGCCGUACACUGCUUCACCAUGUCGCCUCGUCCCCGAAACCUACCGCCCCCGAGUUCGCACGUGCUUUGCUGGAAAUUCCGUUCAUCGAUAUCUAUAUGCAGGACUGGGAAAGUGGAUGGACGGCGUUGCAUCGGGCUCUCUACGCCGGGAAUGCUACAAUUGCUUUGGCGCUUAUGGCGCGCGAUGCGCAGGACAUGAGGGAUUUCAGCAAAGCUGGGAAUACCAGCCCUCCCAGCGGUGGCCUGAUCAAGAUUAAGGACUUCGAAGGGUACAGUCCUUUUGACGUCUUCGGUGCGACCAUCCGAACCCGCGACAUCAAGCAUCUUUCCGAAAACUGGCCGACGUCAAUGAUUGGUGGUGCUCUGGGUAGCGAUGCUGCUUCUAACCCUGCCUCGAACUAUGGAGAUGACGAUGAAGAUGGCGCAUUUGGUGCUAGGAAUACACUAAGGGCGGCCGUGGAUAUCUCCGCUGAUGAAGUUUUCACUCUUGGAAGCAACAAAAACCUAACCCUUGGCCUAGGAGAUCAGGAUGAUAGGCAGUUUCCGGAGCGCAUCUCCUUGCAGCGGCCUGAUCACCUUCUGCAUCGGUUUUACCGUGAACAUCGAGAGAAGUUGGAACAGUCAGGGCUCCAAGAAAGCAUCCCAAGUGGCAGGUCAAUCGAGCUGCCUACAUUGAUCAAAAACAAGCCAAUCAAAAUCCAAGACAUCGUCAUGUCUAAACUGCACACCGCUAUUAUCACUCAUGAUCCCGAGGCUAAUUUGUUCAUGUGUGGGUUUGGGCCUGGAGGUCGCCUUGGAACAGGAGAUGAGUCGACACGGUUCACCUUCGUUUGCAUUGAAAAGGGUGGACUAGAAGGAAAAAAGGUCGUUUCUGCUGCUCUAGGCCAAGAUCAUAGCUUAGCCAUCACCGAGAACGGGGAAAUCUUCAGUUGGGGAAGCAACAAGUUCGGACAGCUUGGCUAUGGUCUGCCUAGAACCAGCAACAAAAACGACGUUCCUAUGCAGAUGCUUCCUCGUCAAAUCUUCAAUCCAUUCAAGAAGGAAACUAUCAUAGGUGCAGCAGCGUCAUCUAUUCACUCGGUGGUGUUUAGUACCUCGGGUCUCUAUACCUUUGGCAAGAACGAAGGUCAGCUUGGCCUGGUCGAUUCCGAUGCUCGUUCACUUGAGGUGCAAACGACACCGCGGCGCGUUGGAGCAUCUCUUUUCAGUUGUCCAAUCAAGAUGGUAUCUGCUAUCGAUCGUGCUACGUCCGUACUUCUGCAGAAUAACGAGGUCUGGGUCUUCUCAUCCUAUGGAUAUUCAAAGCUUUCAUUCCCACUGGAGAUGAGCUCGAGAUUCUUCAAAGAUAGCUUCAUGACCACCAGAUACGACAAGACUGCCAAUCGUGUCGUCAAGCUCGCAUGUGGAGGCAACACCAUUUGUGCAUUAUCCAGCUCUGGUGAUGUAUUCACCGUCCAAGUGAACCAGUCCGAUAGUCCUUCGACUUUAACAUCCACAACCAAUCCCGCGAAGAUUCGGAAUUCUUUAGCCGCUCCCGUUCGAGCGUGGUCUGUUAAGAAGUCUUACAUGGCUGCGAGUGAUGUCGAUGUAGGACAAGACGGUUCUAUUAUCAUCUGUACAACAUCGGGGUCUGCAUGGAGAAAAGAACGACGGACAAAGAAUAAGGAGGGUGCCUCGAAAGAUUACAAAUUCGCUCGCAUACCUGGUCUUUCACGGGCGGUAGCAGUCCGCAGCAAUGCCUUCGGGGCCUAUGCCGUCGCUCAACAUGACUGUGAAGUGACCAGAGAACAGAUUCAAAUUGACACCAGUAGCCUUUGGGAUGAUUUAUUGCCGUUGUCUCCAUUCACGACGCCCGGCCCGGAAGAAUUAGACUUGAUCCUCGAUGAGGAUGCUCAAGAUGCCCCCCUCGUGCUUUCUGCCACGCAAUGCAUUCAAAGAGCCAUACUUUCAUCAACGGACAUUGAAGGCCAAUUUCUUUCUGUAUGGACCGAGGGAACUGUUUGGGUAAAGAGCUCCCUGUCUGACUUCUGCAUUCCUGUCCACGAGUUUAUCCUAGCUGGCCGGAGUCCAGUUUUGAGGAAGGCACUGGAAGAAUUCCGCAGAUCAUAUUAUUCUUCGGUUCCAGAUGUUUUGGAUGUUCAAUACGGGAAGGAUGGUCAUCCUCAAAUCUGCUUCCAAGGGGUUGAUUGGUUGACCGUUCUGAAUGUGGUGUUCUUCCUUUACACGGACAGCAUCUUAGAUGUUUGGCACCUGGCAAGGAGUUCGCCUGAAAACUCGACUCGUUAUCGACAGGUCCGCACUGAAGUCAUGAGGGUCGCUAUGCAACUAGGCUUAUCAACACUAGAACGGGCGGCACGUUUAAUGGUUGAGCCGCAAAGGAGCUUGAAAAAUGACAUGGCCUGUGCCAUCAACUAUCCAUCCUUCUUUGACAGUGCAGACUUGGUUUUGGAGCUCAAAGGUGGUACAAUCAAGGUGCACAGCCAAGUUGUGUGUCAGAGAUGUCCGUUCUUUGACACCCUUUACAACGGCCACGCAGCUGGAAAGUGGCUGGAAAUCCGUAAACCAACUCCAGAUCAGGGUAUCCAUGUCAACCUCAAACACAUUGAUCGGUCGACGUUUGAAUUCGUUCUGCGUUAUCUAUAUGCCGAUAUAGAAGAACGAAUGUUUGAUGAAGUUCGAAGUGAUGAUGUUGAUGAGUUCAUUGACCUACUACUGGAUGUAAUGUUCGUGGCAAAUGAGUUGAUGAUCGACCGACUAUCUCAGGUGUGUCAAAAGAUGCUUGGUCGUUUCGUUACAACACGGAACGUGUGCUAUCUUCUCAAUUCCAUCGCCCCUUGCUACGUCACGGAGUUCAAGGAUGCGGCCCUGGAAUAUAUCUGCCUUAAUCUCGAAGCCAUGCUCGCCAAUGGAUAUCUUGAGGAUCUGGACACAACCCUGCUUCAUGAAUUGGAUACGAUCUGCCGCGAGAAUCAACUGGCGUGCUGGCCCAUCUCUCGCGGGCGCAAUUCUGAAGGGUAUAUCUUCGAUCAAUACCCCGAGCUUGUUAGCACUGUGGAAGCAGAUAAGCAACGAAGAAUCGAUGCUAUGGAUUUGCAGUCCCGCUAUGGUUUUUUCGAACUCUAUAAUGGUCGACCCCGGUCAACGCCUAAUGAGAAGAUGAACUCUUCUCCGUCUAUACGAAAAUCUAAAGCCAGCAUCUCCGGAGAGUCACCGAAUAUUGGUGGAAGUCCAAUGUUGAAGCUAAGGCAGUCGUCUAGUGAUCUCAUGUUCCAAAUGGACGAUGAAGCCCUUAUGUCACCUAGUGCCUCGAAAGGAAAGGGCGUCGUGCGUGGCCUGAGGUUUACCGAAGGCAUUCCUGAAAAUCGAUCAUACCCCGACUCCCCAGCUUUAGGGGCAAGCGUCCCAGAAGGCAUCUCAUUGGGAGAUCGUAGCUUCCUAGACGAUCAGAUGUCUUCUCCGCAAGAUCCGCUAUUAGCGCAGUCUCCAUCUGAGUCUAGAGCAAUUUAUCUUGGCAAAAAGCAAGCUCUAGCAUCAUCAUCUGAUCCUUCUUCCGCGCCAUGGACAUCGCCGAUGAUCUCGAGCUCCAAGAAGGAUCUCAAAGAUAUCAUGGGAGAAACAUCUCAGUCUCGGGUGUCAAACCUCACGUUAGGGAUGACAGAUCGUCGCGAAAGCAGCGGUACCUUUGUACCAAAAAUAUCCCAAAAAGAGCGGAAGAAGCUCCAGCAACAACAAUUGCAAGAGCAGCUGGCUGCUCAACAGAAGGCGAAGCAGGCACCGCAGAACCCUUGGCAGAAGCCGACCAGUUCUUCUCCCGCAUCACUUCCUUCACUCGAUCCUCUUCCAGGCCAGAGCUCCCCCGCCUCUGAUCCUGUUCGAUCACCGCAAAGGCCCAUGACCAUGCGGCAAACUGUAGCCGGUACCCCUCCGCCCAAGUCAAAGCCAGUGGCCACACCCGUGGAAUCACAAGGCCGCAGCGUCCGGCUCCCUUCCCAUUUAAAACCUUCUACCUCAGGACCUUCGACAGCAACCCACAGCACCCAAACUUCAUCACCACAACCAGCCAUCCAGUCAAUCCGUCAUAUCCCACGGCCCGAUCUAUCACAAUCCCGAUCUCCAUCCGGCUCUUACUCUCUAUCUACCAUUUUGCUCCAGCAACAGAGUGAAAAGGAAGCGAUCCGCGAAGCAGCCACAGCCAAGCACAAUAUGCAAGAAAUCCAGGCCGAGCAGGAGUUCCAGCAGUGGUGGGAUCAGGAGAGUAAACGCGUGCAAGGCCUAAUAGAUCCUCAGCCAAGCGAACCUCGCUCUGGAAAGAGCGGACGAGGCGGCAAGGCGCCUGGUGCCGGUGCUGGUGCAGGUGCCCCGCGCAAGGGUCGAGGCAACAAGGCUGCCGAUGACGCGCGUGCCCCUGAAGACCAGAGACAGAAACGGGUAUCCGCUCCAAGUUCUGGUCGCGCAACCCCCAAGACCAACCAGACCGGCCAACCUCCAACAGAGCCACAAAAAGCCCAGAAUGGGAAUCGCACUGGAGGUCCCGGUGGGAACCCAAAUGCGCGUCGCGGGGGUGGCACUCGACGCGGCAAAGCGAAGGAUCGCACGUAA